AUGUACAGUAGCACUGUCGUAAUGAAGGAGAACACAGAUCGUCAAUGUAUUACACCUGGUUGUAAAGGUCGUCUGAUUCUACGCAAUUGUCGUGGUCAUAGCGGCUAUCCAGUGACACAUUUUUGGCGUUUUGUUAAUGGUGCUGUUUAUUUCGAAGCGAAAGGUGAACAUGAUCAUAAUUGUCCAUCAUUGAAAACAUUUGGGUUAUCGGAUUCCGAGACAAAUAUGGUAAAUCAUGUGAUAACUGGAACGAAACCAAUUACUACUACUAAUACUACUGCCGCGGUUACCAUGACAACCGUCACCACCACUACUACUAGUACUACUACUACUAGUGCUAUGUAUAGCUUAACUACGACAAUUACACCUACAACAACAACAGCAGUAGCGGUAACAGAUAACGCUGGAAAUUUCAAUGUCCAAUGUAUUGAACAUUUAACGCCUCAACUCGACAGUUGUCAACAACAACACCAACAGCAACUAUUAAAUCAUGAUGGGUGUCAAUUUGUUGCACAAACUGACCAAUCAAUGAUGUUUCAACAGAAUUUAAAUUUCAAUUUAUCAAUGUCCAAUAAUAAUAAUAAUAGUAAGGAAUUUGAAAAUCCGCCAUUAUUAUUAUUCAGACAAUUAAAACAAAAUGGAAAAAAACGUACUAAUAAUGGUAGGAGGAGAAAACGAUUGAACCAUGAAAACAAACUGACCAAUACAUAUUUCAAAAAACAACAGAAAUGUGAAAAUUAUUUGAAAAUUUCACCCAACGAGUCAGCUGGUGUUGAUAUGAAACGAAAUCGAAAAAAUCAAUCAAAUACACCAUUGACUAAUAAUAAUACUACUAGUCAACAAUUUCAAAAUCAGCCAUUUUAUCAUAAUGAUACUAUAAAUAGUAAUAAUAAUUAUUAUUAUGAUGACUGUUCAAUGAACAUUGAUCAACAUCAACAUCAUCAUCGUUCAAUGUUCAACGAUCAAUCAAUGAAUUCAAUGUGUUCAACAUCCAAUUCAUCAUCAUCAGUGUUACCAAUAGAAACAACCAAUCAUCAUCCACCUUAUUAUCAUUAUUACUACUAUUAUUCGUUACCAUUGAAGAAAAAUGCUGAAAAUGAUAUUUUCAAUCAAUCGAAUUCACUGAAUAACAAUAAUUAUUAUGUAACAACACCUACUACUAGUAGUCAUCGUAUGUCAACAAUGCAUUAUUAUUCACCAAAUUGGCAAUUAUCCCUAUCAUCAUUAUCUGUUUAUUCCACAUGUUCCUCCUCCUCGUCAUCCUCGUCGACAUCCUCGUCCUCAUCGUGUUCAUGUUUAUCCCUGUCAUCAACAUCAUCAACCUAUCAGACAACACCUUAUUACAUUCAUGUCAAUUCAAAUGAAUCUUAUUUUAUCUCAUCGAACAAUCAUAAUUAUUGUUCUUCACAAUUGAACACAUUGAAAACAGCACCACCCGAUUCACGUUGUCAUAAUGAUGAUGAAUAUUAUUAUUUUCAACCGGUUUUUUUAAAUUCAACAUGCAAUGAUGAUGAUGAUGAUGAUGAUGAAAUUUAUGAAAACGUUUAUCAUCAUCAUCAUUCUCAUUCUACACCACAACAACCACAAUCGAUGAACGCAAAUCAUGAUCAAUAUCCCCAAAAUAACGAUAAUUAUUAUGAUAACUAUUAUUCUCAUCAUCAUUCUAAUCCUUGGUUAACAAUGUCAGAUCAUGUAAUUACUAAUACUACUCAUAAUAACAAUACUACUUAUCCCAUAAAAUCGAUCAAUACUUAUCCCAUGGAUUGUUUCCAGUCAAAUAGUCAACUUUAUUAUCAAGAACAAGCAAUAACAACGCCGUCAUUGCCAUCGCAACAACAAGGACAACUGACCGUUCAAUGUUCAAUCGCAGAAAACAUUGAUCAAUAUACCCCGGUAAGAAAACAACUGAUGCAAGUUAGUAGCAACAGCAGCAGCAGCAAUAAUGAUGAGUGCUGUGAUUUAAGCAACUCAGCAAUAAAUUAA